GAUGUCAGGGAGCUACUCUUGGCUCUGCCCCCGGCAGAGGGUCAGAAGGUGGCCGAGGCGCUUCAGGCCAGCUCGGCUGAUCCCAAGGCUGCCGGCGACGAGGAGAUUCCGGCGUCCUGGGGAUGGCCCAAAGAGCCCUACGACCCAGAGGCGCUCCGCCUCUAUGUUCUGGAGGCCACCAAGCCUACACAGCAGGAAUCCUGGGACGAAGCACUGGCUGCCCGUUCCAUCGAUGGGAAAAAGGAGGAUUUCGUCGAGGAGAAGGCGUUUGCAAACCUGCUCCUCAACAAGGAGGGGACCGGUGAAGCGAAGAAGGAUCGCGGCAUCGACCCUCAUGCCUAUGAGAAGGGCAAGUGGUACCGCUUCUUGAACUACAAGGGCGACUGCUACGUGUACGUGCACAACCACACGCGCGACAUCACUGCCACGAGGCCAGAGAACUUCGCCGAGCUGACUGAGGAGGAGAAGGCCUUGAUCAAGAAGCUGGGCACCUAUAUCAAGGAGGUCCCGGUGGAGAUCGAGCGGGUCUACACCAAAGAGAAGGCUAUCCCGAUCCUCUAUGGCUCGCAGACGAGCUGCGAGGCGAUGAAGACCUUCUUUUACUACAACAAGAACAGCACUCUACUUGACGCCACGAAGCUCAAGCGGGUGAACGCCGGUGCCCUGGAAGAAUGUCGCCGGGCGAUGGUUUGGUCCAUGAAGCUUGGCACCACGCUGUGCAUCUACUGCGGUGAUAUCCUGCCAGACUUUCAGGAGAAGAUCUGCAUCUCCAAGUACAAGGACACCUUUCCCCUCUCGCUAUUCAUGUAUGGCGGAAUGGAGAACGAGCUGGUGCGGGAGCGGCUGUUCCGCGAUGACGAGAAAGAGGGCCGACAGUGUCCCGUGCGACCAGGGUUCAUGGUCUGCAUCAUGCUGAUGUACGACACCAUGGGCUUGGCCAUGAGCAGCUUCCGCGCGGAAGAGAUUCGCGGGAAGAUCCCCGAGUACGACCGGAUGAUGCAAAUCCGAAUUUACAACGACGACGAUCGACUCAAAGCACUCGAAGAGCUGCGUACGGGCCGGCGGGCGGAGUGA